UCCGAACCUGCACGCGCCCCCACUCGUAGGCAGCCCGAGGCGAGCAGGCAGGGGCCAAGCCGGGCAGCGUAUCUGGGAACGAUCCCGGCGCUCGGAGAGGACACUCGAGCAACGAGGUCUCGUGAGCGCGCCCGUCGCCCUUCUAGAGCAUCGGAGCGCAGGUGCACCUGCUCUGAGGCGCGGGCGGAAGCGAAGCGCGCGGUAGGAGGAGGACGACGACGAGGAAGAGAGUAGAAGAAGCCGAAGCGCAGUUGACGAGAUCAAUCCGCAGGAGGCGUGGGUGAGCGUGGAGUUGCCAUCCAAGAAGUUCAGCAAUGGCAGUGAUGUCGCAGGCAUUCUGUUGGCCUACUUGUCUGCACGGAGAGCUGGGUGGUCUGGAUUUAACAGGGGAAAGGAGGAAAUUGAGAGGUCAAGCAUCGGGGGCCUUUGUUUCUUUGAAGUGUCCCCUGCGCCGAUCAUCCAUUUCUAUCGUAGGCUCCGAACGAGGGAGGUCUGCUGGCAGGAAGCAGGUUAGGACUUCUGUCCGUUCCGAGGCGGUUGCAGCAGGAGAUAAAUUAGAUUCCGGGACAGGUUUAUUAGAGCAUGAAGACCUCAACUCAGACGAGGAGCAGGUGGUUCCUCCCAAGAAUGGACUGCUGCCCAUCGAGAAUGGAGCAAAGUUUACCCCUGGUUCGUCUGGAAUUGAAGUAGACUCUGUAAGCGAAGCAGAUUUGAAGGAGAACGGUUUCCGAAGUACUAGGAGGACGAAACUAGUGUGCACAAUUGGGCCUGCAACGUGCUCAUUUGAACAACUGGAAGCUCUAGCAAAUGGAGGUAUGAAUGUGGCGAGACUUAACAUGUGCCACGGAACUCGUGAAUGGCAUCGUGCGGUCAUUCGCAAUGUCCGCAUGCUGAAUGCAGAGAAAGGAUACUCUGUAGCUAUAAUGAUGGAUACUGAAGGCAGUGAAAUUCACAUGGGAGAUCUUGGAGAAAAUUCGGCCAAAGCUGAGGAUGGGGAAGAGUGGACUUUUACUGUACGCAAAUUUGAAGCCGCAGACUUGCCUGAACGCACCGUCCAGGUCAACUAUGAAGGGUUCGCCGAGGAUGUCCAGGCAGGAGACGAACUUGUGGUCGAUGGAGGAAUGGUUCGUUUUGAUGUGGUCAAGAAACUUGGGCCCGAUGUCAUAUGCCGGUGCAUUGAUCCGGGUCUUCUCCUUCCUCGAGCCAAUCUGACGUUCUGGAGAGACGGUCGCCUGGUCCGGGAACGCAACGCCAUGCUCCCUACCAUUUCGUCCAAGGAUUGGCUGGAUAUUGAUUUCGGUAUCAGUGAAGGAGUCGAUUUUAUUGCUGUUUCUUUCGUGAAGACCGCCGAUGUUAUUAAGCAUCUAAAAAGUUACAUCACCGCAAGGUGCCCUCAAGAGCCGAUUGGUGUUUUUGCGAAGAUCGAAAGCAGUGAUUCCUUGAGAAACUUAGAGGAUAUUAUUCAGGUUUCGGAUGGAGCUAUGGUUGCCAGAGGUGAUUUGGGGGCACAGAUCCCUUUGGAGCAGGUCCCAUCCGUGCAACAAGAGAUAGUGCAACUCUGCCGACAGUUGAACAAGCCUGUCAUUGUAGCAUCGCAACUUCUAGAGUCUAUGAUUGAGUACCCCACUCCAACUCGUGCAGAGGUGGCGGAUAUUUCUGAAGCCGUCAGACAACGGGCUGAUGCUCUGAUGCUUUCCGGGGAGUCCGCGAUGGGAGCUUAUCCCGACAAAGCAUUGAGUGUUCUUAGACAAGUGAGCUUACGCAUUGAGAAAUGGUGCCGUGAAGAGAAAAAUCACGAAAACACACGCUUACAAGAGCUCUCCGCUGCUCUACCUGAUAGAAUCUCAGAGCAAAUCUGUAAUGCAGCUGCGCAAAUGGCCAACAAAUUGGAAGUCGACGCGAUCUUUGUGUACACAAGGAGAGGAUACAUGGCGCAGCUUCUUUCAAGAUGUCGGCCUGACUGCCCAAUAUUUGCUUUCACGGACUCUAAGAAUGUGAGGCGUCGAUUGAAUCUAUCAUGGGGUUUGAUACCCUUCCGAGUGGACUUCAGUGACGAUAUGGAGAACAACUUGCGUCGCACGUUUGCUCUUUUGAAGGCAAGGGGUAUGAUGAAAUCUGGGGAUUUGGUGGUAGCGGUUUCAGACAUUACGUCGAGCAACUUGAAUGAGAAUCUCCAGUCCAUCCAAGUGAGAAAAAUCCCAUGAUUUGAAUACGAUUUUAGCUACCUUUUUAGGAGGCUCUAUGGCCGUGAUUGGUAAACAGGGUAUGCAUAAUAGCUUCGAUGUGAAGCUACCAGUGCGACCUUUGAGAAAUCCUACGUUUAGUAUAGGUGUCACUAAAGUUUAAACCAGUCGCAUAAUCAAGCUCUUGUCUGUGAUCUGUUCAAACCGAUCCUGUAUCAAACUUGUGGGAGCAGUGGCGAAAUGGCUCUUAUGAUCGUGAAACCUCACGGUAGAGAUUUCUAGGUGUUUCUAGGCCGGUAGUUGAUAAGUUAAGGAACAGUCGUCUGGGUCCUUGCCCGGAUGUUGUCUGUGAUGUACUUCUAUAGUUGACCUGCCUACAUGCGAGAAAGUUAUUGGGUUGAUUCACCCAUUCCUAUUGCCAGCUCAACACGUUGGGUUGUAUUCAUGUGAACAAAGAUACAGAUGUGGUCUCAGUACAGGCCAUGAUGUUACCAAGUUUUUGAUCCUUGGAGACAUAAUGAUGAGUUGCGGUUUGUGA